ACUAGGAGCCACGCCAGUUUCAGUUUCAGUGUCUGCCAUGUUUGAUCGUUCCAUUGUGGGGCGUGCUUACACCUCAUAAUAAUAAUAAUAAUAAUCAUAAUCGUCAUCAUAACAGUGACAUUAACUGUAGUAAAUCUAUUCGAUUCGCGGUAAUCAGUGUUAGAAAAGCGGAGUCGCGUUUUGAAAAGGAAAGACUACAAAGGCCUCGUCAUGUGUUACAAGGUGGUUACAAGUGAAAUUCAAGACGCCAACUACAAAAAGGAUUCUACCGACGGUACUGACAAUAACACGAGUCUACCACGUUCCGAUUUAGGAUUUUAAAGUGCACUUUUAGGUAAAUUUUUUUUGUUUAAUCUUCGCAGACCGAGUGUGGCGUUUACGAUUCAACGCGGGACUGUGCGUUUUUUUAAACUCACUUUCUAUUAGAUUAUACGCGUAAUAUUUCUUGGGACGUGUUUACAUCUGUUUAAGGGACGGUUCGAGAGGACGGAUAAUGUUGCGAGAUUCCUCGCACGUUGUGGACGGUUUGUUGUUAUUUUGCUAUCGUGCUUUUGACCCUUGCCGAAGAGUCCAUCUUGUGCCUGAUAUCUAACGAGGAGAACUUUACGAAUUCGUUCGAACGGAAACAACGAGUCCAUUUUCGCUCGUUAGAGCUCGAUUGUUAUUAUUUAUAAGAGAAAGUCGUGUCGGCCGAGCAGACGGCACGGGCGACGACCCAGCGAUAAAAUAAGAACUUCAAAACAUUGAAACCGUUACCUAACCUCACUCGGUUUGUUUUGUUUAGAAGACGAUUAUUGCGGAACCGAGCCGCUCUCCGUGUAAAGGACAGUCUCCGAAACAUGCCGAAGAGGCCGAAAUCGCCCAGGAUUUAGUUUCUCCGGGGGGAAAAAAAGGACACAGUCACCGAGUGCAGUUCUACGUGAAACGCUUUCCCAUCCCCAUCGGUCAAAUGAUCGUGUUUUGAACCGCCAGUUUCCCCUGUCGUCCGGUUUUUUUUUUGUUUUUUCGUUUUCGAAUUUUAAUAUUUGUUUUUAAUACUGGAGGGAACGGGAAUUGUGGUCGGCGGGUCGGAUGGUUCGAUGGUACUACUGAGUUCUGAGGUGGUGCCGGCAGCGAUGGAUUCUGCCGUGCACGCCAAAAGGCCAGACGUCUGGCACAAACAUGAACCCCUCUUGCUUAUGGAGAAGCAGAAACCGAAAUAUGUUUCAUCAAGGAGCGAUUUUCUAUCAGUCCGCGCCAAGGAGGAUCAAGGUGGGAGUGAUAUGGGGCCUCUGUACGGCCGGUUGGUCGCUCUCGAACAGCUCGACACCAGCGGGCCGAACAUCGAGGAAAUGCAAGCCAGGAUCCCAACCCAUUUCAGGGAUGCGGCCUCUGCCCCUCUUCGAAAGCUAUCUGUCGACCUAAUCAAGACCUACAAGCAUAUCAACGAGGUUUAUUAUGCAAAAAAGAAGAGAAGAGCUCAAGGAACCCAAGGCGACGAUAGUUCACACAAAAAGGAAAGAAAGCUUUACAAUGAUGGAUAUGAUGAUGAGAAUCAUGAUUACAUAAUUAAAAACGGGGAGAAAUUUUUAGAUCGAUAUGAAAUCGACUCACUCAUCGGAAAAGGAUCAUUUGGCCAGGUUGUCAAGGCAUUUGAUCCUGAGGAAUUUUGUCAUGUAGCAAUUAAGAUUAUUAAAAAUAAGAAACCAUUCCUUAAUCAGGCUCAGAUUGAAGUAACGCUUUUGGAAAUGAUGAACAAAGCUGAUGUCGAUAACAAGUAUUAUAUUGUGAGACUGAAACGGCAUUUUAUGUGGAGGAACCAUUUAUGCCUUGUAUUCGAGCUACUCUCCUAUAAUCUGUACGAUCUGCUCAGGAAUACCAAUUUCCGAGGUGUAUCUCUGAACCUUACAAGGAAAUUCGCUCAACAGUUGUGUACAGCACUCCUUUUCUUGUCAACGCCCGAGCUCAACAUUAUCCACUGUGACCUAAAACCGGAAAAUAUACUUCUGUGCAACCCUAAACGGUCUGCAAUUAAAAUUGUUGACUUUGGUUCUUCGUGUCAGCUUGGCCAACGAAUUUAUCAAUACAUUCAGUCAAGAUUCUAUAGGUCGCCGGAAGUUUUACUUGGACUGCCUUAUGACCUUGCAAUUGACAUGUGGAGCUUGGGAUGUAUUCUAGUUGAAAUGCACACUGGAGAGCCCUUGUUCAGUGGUGCAAAUGAGGUCGAUCAAAUGAACAAAAUUGUCGAAGUAUUGGGAAUGCCUCCAAAGAAGAAACUUGAUCAUGCCCAUAAGACGAGAAAAUAUUUUGAGAAGGCCCCCAACGGAGAUGGGUACGUCCUGAAAAAACCGAAAGACGGAAAGAAGUACCGAAGCCCCGGGUCGAGGCGACUUCACGACAUUCUAGGCGUAGAGUCUGGGGGACCCGGCGGAAGAAGGCUAGGCGAACCCGGCCAUUCUGUAUCCGAUUAUCUUAAAUUCAAGGACCUGAUAUACAGAAUGCUAGAUUUUGACCCUAGAACAAGAGUUACACCUUACUAUGCUCUUCAGCACAACUUUUUCAAAAGAACUGCUGAUGAAGGUACCAACACUAGCGUGGGUGUCAGUUCAACACCAAGCCCUGCUAUUCAACAACAAACUAUUGUAGAACCAGGCCCAUCAAGUCAACCAGUAGUGAGGAGUAGAGGUGAAGUACAGGCAAUGGAAGUUGAAGUUUCAUACCCUCUAUCACACACUCAGAACAGCCAGAACAGGUGUGGAGUAUUUCCUACUAGGACACAGGCCUACUACCAACCACCAGAUCAGCCCCGACAGCAAACGUCCAAAGAGGAUUCAUCAACUGUAUGCAUCCAGCAGUCGCCACACCUGUCUAUUUAUAUUAGUUAAAUUUCUCUUUUCAAACGAAAAGAGACGACCGUGUUCUUCGGAAAGUGACAGCUGUUUUCUCUUCGACCUGUUUAAGCUUGAAGAACAGCUGUCAUGAAUACAGGGGCUGGACUUAUGCAUACGCGAGAGCGAGCGAAACCCCGAAAAGUGCAGUGCGCCAAAGUGAUCAACUGUGUGAACAUUAAAUUUUAGUUGUCUUUUAUUUAUUUUGGACUGUUUCAUAAUUUGCUUCUAUUACUUUGGUGGACACUUAUAAAGUUUGAAAGGAAAGAAAUAAUUGGCAAUCUUUUCUUCGAAAUAAAGACAUACACGAUAAGGUUUAGGAGCCUAGAUGCCGUAACCAAUGUGUUCAUAAAUAGGUAACAGGUGUAAUCUUUUAUAUCUAUAAAUAUUUUAAAUGAAGGCAAAUAUGCAGUUGUUUUUUCCCCAGGGAAAAAACACAAAUAAAUAAUAUAUAUACAUAUAUUUAUAAAUAUAUAUAAAUAUUUAUAAAUAAUGUAUAUACAUAUAUAUAUAUAGUAGUUAGGUUGUUAAAUUUAAGUAGGAUAAAGAUUGAAAUUCACAUUGUUCUGUGAGAUUUUGAGGACUGAGGUUGUGACUUACAAAUGAUGACAAAAAGGAGUCCAAAUCCUGUAUUUGUUACAUCUACUCAGUGUCACUUCCUAUGGCAGGAGAGUAGGUGAUCAUGUUUGACGCAAAAUGCAUCGUUUAUUGAAAUAUACGCCUGAGAGGUGGAGAGACAAAAAAAAAUUUCUUUUUGUUUUUAGUAUGUGAUAUUUGAAUUGUUUUGUUCGCUUCUAUUCCUACUGAUCACCUAUUACUCUAGCUCAAGUCCUAUAAUCGAAACACUCCUUCUUCACCCCCUCCUAAUAUAAUAAAGUGUGGCAGAAAUCGCCUCAAUUUGUAUAUAGUUAAAAAUAAACAUCAUAGAUAUAAAUAUAAAUAAAUAUUAAAAAUGAAUGAUUUUUAAAAGUAAAAAAAAAAAAUUAAAAAAAGGAAAAAAAUAACAAAAAUAUGCCCUCCUUCUAAAAAUACCUUCAAAGUUUAGGCCAAAUUAUAAAGCGUUGUUAAGAGUUUAUUAAAAUUUUUAGAAAGUGUUGUGUGAGGUGGAAAAAAUAAUUUCUAAAAGUAUAAUAAAAUUCCUCCUCUUUAUUUUCGGCUUCUUUUUUUACAGAUGUUACAUCUCAAAUGGAUUUUUUCUUUUUUAAAUCAAAGAUUUACGAUACAUAAACUUAAAACGAAUAUCACGAGUGGUAAAUUCAAAAUUGUUCUAAAUUUUCCAGCAAUUUGAAGCGUUGACAAUGACAUAUUUAAAUUGUUACCGCCAGAUUGUCCAGAUAUUCUGUAAAACUUAAAGUAUGGUCUUGCGAUCAGCUUUCCCAAAUCCACAUUGUCUUUUUCCUUUAUAUGAGGACGAAAUUUAAAGUUACUUUUAGAAACUCUAUUUUUUUCAUGUUUUAAUGCUUAUUUAUAUAAAAGUCUUAAUAAACAUUUAACACAUUAUAAAAAUACAUGAUGUAUUAACACUUACACAUGCCAGUUUUUCACCUUUUUAUUGUGAGCUUCUGUCUCAUCCGUAGGAAAUUUUCUUUUCUGGAUGAUACAGGAUCAUUACAAUAAUUUUUUAAACAAUUUGAGUUUUAAUAUAAAUUACAAAUAUUAGAUUUAAACAAAUGUGAAAAAGAAAAAAAACAUGAAUUUUUUUUGUCUUAGCUCAAUCUGGCUUAUUUCACUCAGUUUAAAAACUAAUGGGGACCAUACCUGGCCUAAGUAGCAUGAACCAUACUUUUCUCCUUGUCCUAUAAUUAUCCUUUGGUUGGCUAAUAUGGAAUAAUAGAAGAAUCACAUUGCUCGCUGUACAUUUAUAAACAAAUAAAACAAGUUAUAUAUGAUUACUAUUAGUUAUAGUAUUAAUCUCUCAGGGCGAAAAUGUUUACCUCACUCUACUUUACUAUUUAAAAACUGAUUAAAACUACACCAAACUGCCAUUAGUUGUGAUGACGGCGCAAAAGUCAAGUGUGUUUCUUCUUUUAUUUGGCCAAGGGAUUAAAAAAAAAUCUCUUUUUGAAAUACGUUAGCUAUAGGUUUAAAGAAAAUAAAUUAGAAUAAUAUUUCGUAUACAAAAGGAUGAAGGUAUUCGAUGUUGGUGUUUUUGUAACGGGCUUGUGUUUAAUUUUUAAAAAGGAACGUACAUAAUUAUCACGCAAAAUAUUUUUUUCUCAGCAUUGGGCAAUAAUCCAGUUAAUUACAAAAAUUCUAAAUUUGACUUAAAAUGUUGGACGAAGAUAAUGAAUUUGAUCAAAUAGCAGAAAUGUUUAAUUUUAGUUUUACUAAUAUUUGUAUUGUAGUAUUAAAGGACAUAUUUAUAACCUGUUCUCUUUCAAUGUAAAACGUUAAUGAACAAAUGACAAUUCUUUCCAUCUUCAAGGAAUGCUGAUAAAUUUGUUUUCUUUUGAUACGUAUAAUGAAAAUUUGUUAAUUUUACCUCUAACAUAUGUAGAUUUGGCCUAUAUGCGUUUUUUUAACUUUAUCAAAUUCUAACCUCUCGCUCUUUCUUAAUAUUGAACUGUUUUGUUUUAUCGGUGAAAAAAUGUUGACGAGCAAUUACUUAAUUUGACAAAAAAAAAAAAAAAAAAAUACGAAAACCACAAUAUCCCAUUCCUCCAUCCGGGCUAAUAUAAAUUGUAUCUAUAAACAAAAAAAGAAGUAUAAAUAAUAUAGUAAAAGAAAUAUAAGAGUUAUUAUUUAUAAAAGCAACAAAGACAAGUAUGUGUAUAAAAUUAAUUGACACAGUCAUUGUAAUCUUUGUAGAAAUAUUUAUGUUUAUUAUUAUACAAUGAACAAAUUCGAAUGGCAACGGGAGCAUAAAAUGUUUCUCUAUUACCAGUUUUGUACCCUUCGCGAACGUAUCGGGCGAAGUAAGUGUUAAAAAAAAAAGUAAAAUAAUAGCUAGAUUUCUAAUUAUUUUACGAGGUUACCAACCCGACGGUUUAAUUUUAUAGUAAACUCACGAAAUAGUUUUCCUUUCACUGACACAUGAAUCCCCCCCAGUAAACACAGCCCUAAAUUCCAAUUUGAAGGGCAUUUAGGCAGUGCACAGCACUCUUGUAAGUGUAUACUGCAGAAAUAGAAAGAAACGUUUUAAUUUUUCUUCUUUUGAUUUACUUUUUGAUAUUGAAAUAGAAUUAAGUCAGAAUGGGAUAGAAAAAAGUCUAAUGUUAACGAUGACGAAAAGUUUGAGAGAUAAAUUGUUUUUAUAUAUAAAGAAAAUAAACCAAGUGUUUUAGGGUUGUAACUACCCCCCUGGAGGGGCGAAGAAUUAACAUUUAAAUAAAUGAAUAAAUAAAUAUAUAUAUAUUAAAGAAAUAAAUCAUGUAUACCAUAAACUCAUUCUGUAGCAUAAGUUUACAAGCUUCUAUAUAAGGUAUGUCUUGUUCAUGAUGUACAUACAUAUUAUAGUGGUUAUCAUAGUUAGAGCGUUGUUGAGUAUUUAUUAUAACAAAAAACAACUCACUCUGCAUUGCUUGUGAAAUGGCAAAAUAUAGAGAACUAAAGCAAAAUGAUAAAAAAUAAAUAAAUCCUGUAAUAUUCCAUUAGACUUUUAACAAAACUGAAUCAUGGGAAAAUACAUCGUUAAUUUUUAUGUAAUGAAUUUUUUUUUAUAAUUUUCAAUUAAAUAUGUACUUUUUUAGGCAUAAACAUUUCUUACAGAAAAUUUUUUAUUUUAUUUUGAGAAAAUUUUUUUUUAUCCUUUUGCUAUGCCAUUUCCACAGCAAGCAUAAAAUGACAUGAAUAAAAUAAGAUUUUGUGAUUUGUAGACUAUUUAUAUUGGAUAAUGAGAGUUUGAGCUAUCUUAUUUAGAUUAAUACUAUUAGUUUAAUGACGUUUCCUUAUAGAAUAUAUUGACAAAACUAAAUUCAAGCCUACAGGGCGUUUUGAUUUCAUUAAAAUGAAUAACAAUAAAUGAACCUUAAAAAUAUCGAAUUUCAUUAUUUAAAAAAAAAGUAGAACAAUUCUGUGAAACUUUGAUUCACCUGUAGGCUUGAAAUUUGAACAUGAAUGAUCUUAAUUUUAUGAUGCCACAGGCAAUCUUUUCACCCUUCUCGCUUUUGUUAAAUAAAAUAUGAAAGUUUGUUGAAA